AUGGGAAAUCUUGCACUUUUAAAUGAGACGUUGGAUAGACAACAGGUACUAAGACAUGUCUCUUUUGCACUGGCAAAGCGUGUUUGUAGUUAGACACUUUUUUUUCUUUAAUUUCUUUCAUAGUUUGCCAAUACAUAAUACACACUUAGUAUUGACCGGAAAGCCCUAAACAGGAAACAACAUCCCUCACUGAAGGGCUACCUAAAUUCACAAUAAAUAAGAAAUAAAAAACAACUAAAAGAAAAAAUCAUAAAUACCUAGACAAGUGGCAAUCAUGUGCAAUAUUAAACUAGAAUAUAAUUAAACUAGUAAGAAAAAUAAAUUAAGAGAAUGUAGAAAUAUCCUUCAUUUGUAGAAAGGAUUUCAGGCAAUCCUUAAAAUUGUCUAAAGAUUCAGUUUUUCUUAAAUGUAGAGGCAGAGAGGUCCAUGACUUUACUAUUCUAAAGAAGUAAAAAAAUUUUAAAACAUUAGUUUUUAGUUUUACCCAAAUAAAUUAAAGUCAGCGCGGGUAGGAAGUCUUUACUUAUGCUUUAUUAUGCUGAAAUAUGAGGUCUUCAAACAUCUGUUAGAAGUUUCUUAGAAGAAUAUAAUUUAUUUUGAAGAGUUGACUCUUAAAGCUCCAGUUAUGGUAAUCACUGACGUUGUAGUAAUGAGCCGGAAUACAGCAUGCACUUGUGAGGGAUGAAUGCGCUAACCCCUGUAAAGCUAGCAUUACUGUAGGUUUGUGUGCAAGUUAUUUCUGCGUUAUGCUUCAUGUCUAGCAUUGGUUACUAUUUUCCAGGUCUUCUUCAUACAGUGCGGUGUUUACCUUAUCCUAGAGAAGUUGAAGAUCAUUACGUAUAGGAAUUUAUUCAAAAAAGUGUAAGUUAAUGUAGUUUUUCUGCAAGAGCCAACAGCCCCAAUCAACCUCCAUCAUCUUCUUUUUUAGUUAUUUCUUUGAUAGGGCGACAUUAUUCUAAGCGAGGAAAAUCGGUCGGAUUUAUAUUGUGGCUCUUGGUCAGUUUGUUGUUACUUUAUAUGUCGAAAUGAAACAGACUAUGGCAAAGGUCCUGGCUAUAAAUACAUGUAUUUCUCAAUUAUCUUUUAGAAAUUAAAUUAUAGAAGUAUUUACGCUAAUGAAAAGCGUUUCCAACUUAUUUUGUUUCAGGAGCCUUCUUUUAAAAACUCAUCAGUUACCCUUAGAUGCGUAUGUUGUUGCUCUUAAAGGAAUG